AUCGGCACCGCACGAGCGGUCUAUUUGUAAACCUCACAACAAUAAACAAUAACUGAGCCCGACAACAGACAAAUACACAGUGCUCUCUGCUCUUGUGCUCAGGUGAGGAGCUCGACUGAUGGAUGAAGAUGAGGAUGAUGUGUUCAAUAAGGCACGACAGCGCAGGCCUUCCUCUCACAGGCAGAUAAAGCAGACAGACAGGGGUCUUGAGACCGCAGGGAGACCCCCUGUACCGCCCAACGGUAUGCUGCGCUGUGGGGCGCAUGAGGAGUCCAGACGCUUUCUCUACGGUAACGCAGGAUUGCUACUGCUAGCUCCGUCCACCCGCUCUCAACGUGCAGACGUCUUGCUACGGGAGAACCUGCAGGCGAUGGAUCCUCCUGCGCAGAGCGUUGAAACCCUCAUCGGGCAAAAACUCCAGCUGAUCGGAGAUCAGUUCUAUCAGGAACAUAUGAUGCAUCUGAGAAACCAAAGGAACUGGCAGCCGUUGUGGUGGCGCGUGGCGUUGGCGUUCUACACAUUCUUGUUCGAGAGGCACGCGGUCGGUCGUGAGAAUCGCAGGUGAAACCUCUUCUCGGAAAUAAACUGCCAUCUGUGUCCCGGUCCACAACACAGACGGGGCGUUUAACGGCACUGUCUGAUUCUAACACGGGUUUUGAGGGAAAAAUCAGACAGAAAACACAACGUCUCCGCAGGACGGUGACCGUCUUUUUUUACCGCAGCUUCUUUUUCCCAAUGAAGAUGCCAUGUUGUUGUUGAGAUUCUAGCAGGAAUAUUUUCAUAAGGUGUUUUGUACAGUAUACAGUUCUUGUUUAAUUUUGUUUGCACCUCAAUAUGUGUAUAUUUUAAAUGACCUCCACGAGUCCUGGGAACGCCUUACUGUCCCACGCCACCUCUCAAAGACUGUUUGAAGUGAGAAAGAGGACGGUGGGUGGGGCUUUUCAUUCAGAAAUCUUCCGGGACGUCAAUCAAAUUGACAACUUGCAAAUUUCCAAAGAGGCCGUUUGUCAGAUCAAAGCUUUUUGCACUGCAGUACAUCCAGAUAUUUUUUUUUUUUUUUCAUAUUUUGAUUUUCACCUUUUUUUUAUUACUUCAUUGUUGAAUUUGUACGGUUCUUCCAGUUGUUUUUAAAAAUAAUUUCUGAAGCUCUAAUGAUGUUGAUGGAGUGGAGACACUCUGGACGUCCUUCAGAAGAGUUUCCGUGUUCGUCAAGCAGCUGAAGAGGGUCUGAUGAAGUCAAAGAUUAAUCAAUAUACUGCUGUUAUUACAGAGGGUUUGAUAUGUUAUCUUUCCAUUUCAUUUCACACAAGUUCUUGCUAUCCAGCUGUCACCAAUCAAACGCACAAGUGUUCAAAUAUUACUGGAUUGUGUCAAUUGCACUGCUCUGGUGUUUGGUCCAGUAUUGUCUAAUUCAGCAUUGUGGUGCCUGACAAAUACCAUUGUAUUUCAGAUACACUAUAUUGCCAAAAGUAUUCGCUCAUCUGCCUUUAGACACAUAUGAACUUAAGUGACAUCCCAUUCUUAAUCCAUAGGGUUUAAUAUGACGUCGGCCCACCCUUUGCAGCUAUAACAGCUUCAACUCUUCUGUGAAGGCUUUCCACAAGGUUUAGGAGUGUGUUUAUGGGAAUUUUUGACCAUUCUUCCAGAAGCGCAUUUGUGAGGUCAGACACUGAUGUUGGACGAGAAGGCCUGGCUCACAGUCUUCGCUCUAAUUCAUCCCAAAGGUGCUCUAUCGGGUUGAGGUCAGGACUCUGUGCAGGCCAGUCAAGUUCUUUCACACCAAACUCGCUCAUCCAUGUCUUUAUGGACCUUGCUUUGUGCACUGGUGCGCAGUCAUGUUGGAACGGGAAGGGGCCAUCCCCAAACUGUUCCCACAAAGUUGGGAGCAUGGAAUUGUCCAAAAUCUCUUGGUAUGCUGAAGCAUUCAGAGUUCCUUUCACUGGAACUAAGGGGCCAAGACCAGCUCCUGAAAAACAACCCCACACCAUAAUCCCCCCUCCACCAAACUUCACAGUUGGCACAAUGCAGUCAGACAAGUACCAUUCUCCUGGCAACUGCCAAACCCAGACUCGUCCAUCAGAUUGCCAGAUGGAGAAGCGUGAUUCGUCACUCCAGAGAACGCGUCUCCACUGCUCUAGAGUCCAGUGGCGGCUUGCUUUACACCACUGCAUCCGACGCUUUGCAUUGCACUUGGUGAUGUAUGGCUUGGAUGCAGCUGCUCGGCCAUGGAAACCCAUUCCAUGAAGCUCUCUACGCACUGUUCUUGAGCUAAUCUGAAGGCCACAUGAACUUUGGAGGUCUGUAGCGAUUGACUCUGCAGAAAGUUGGCGACCUCUGCGCACUAUGCGCCUCAGCAUCCGCUGACCCCGCUCUGUCAUUUUACGUGGCCUACCACUUCGUGGCUGAGUUGCUGUCAUUCCCAAUCGCUUCCACUUUGUUAUAAUACCACUGACAGUUGACUGUGGAAUAUUUAGUAGCGAGGAAAUUUCACGACUGGACUCGUUGCACAGGUGGCAUCCUAUCACAGUACCACGCUGGAAUUCACUGAGCUCCUGAGAGCGGCCCAUUCUUUCACAAAUGUUUGUAGAAGCAGUCUGCAUGCCUAGGUGCUUCAUUUAUACACCUGUGGCCAUGGAAGUGAUUGGAACACCUGAAUUCAAUUAUUUGGAUGGGUGAGCGAAUACUUUUGGCAAUAUAGUGUAUUUUCAUUAGGUUAUGAAGACAUUUAUGCUUUAAAAUUAUUGGAAUGUCAUCGCAUAAGAUCACAAAAUAUCAAAGCUAUAGUGUUAUACUUGUGCCACAAUUCUGUGUGAGCAAAAAGAUAUUUCGAGUGCGCAAGAUGAUAUGCAAGGGGUGAAAAAACGAGCGAGCGAGCAGGCAAAUGUUCUGGGCGCAUAUGAGGAGAGAGAGCGAGAUCUUGCAUACUGAACUCUGUGCAGAUGUUGACAUCAGCACAUAUUUAAAAUUUUAUCAGGGCGCAAAUUAGAAUAUCAUCUCGCACACGCAGCGUUGUGGCACAGAUAUACCACCAUACAAAGCAAGUGUCAUUUAUUUGAAAGAAAGAUAGCAAAAGCUCUCUUUCUCAAGCAAAACAUGUCAAGUUUUUAGGUUAGAAAUAAAACGAUACAUUUAAACUGUUUGCUCAAAAAUAUUAAGCUUCACUCUAACCAUAUUUGAAGUGUUGGCAAGUUUAAGAAAACAUUUAGACUUUACAUCUUUAGUCAUUCAGGUAAUAAAAUUCCCUAAAUCUUUAACUGCUCAUAUAUACAAACCUGACGUUUUAAAGUGCUUUUUAGCAUCCAUAAAACGUCUCUGCCCACGAGAACACUAGAAUCCCCUACACUGCGUUUACACUAACAUAUCAACUGUUAUAGUCAUCAACCCUUUUCAUAUGUGCUUUUAUAUAUGUAUCAUCUAAACCUGUGGUUCUGUUACCUGUUGAAGAUAAUCUUGAGAUCACUGGUUAUAAUGGCCUUUGAGCAAUACUGUGCACAUCUGUGAAGGGACUGCAGAAUUUCUCCUCUCAGGAUUCUUGGCGCUUUUUAAUUUUCUUGUUUAGUUUGUACUUUUAUACCUGUCAGGUGAUCUGUAAAGUUUUGGUGGUUUACUCUUUUGGAAUAUGACCACUACUUUUUGUACAAGACAAGUGGAAGAAGUUCUUCUGAAAUUUUGUAAACAAGACUAGUUAUUAAGUUUGAAGACACUGAUGCAUUCUCAAUGCUGUUUUUCUCUAGUUUGACUUUUUAUUUUUAUCUUGAAGGAGCGAUGCAUAUUUUGUGAGACUUUGGUUCACCGUUUGUUCAUUUAAAUCUGAUUAUUUUUUUGAGAGAUGUGGUCACGAUGAAGAAUUGAAGGAAAGCACACCUUUUAAUCAAAACACUUCUUUUUAGAUAUUACUACCGAUAAAAGUCCUCGUCAUUUUUCAAACCUGUGUCAAAUGUCAUUGGGUUAAUCUCACAAAACUCACAUUGGGUGGAUCUAUAAAAAUGGCCUCAUUUCAGUCCAACAUCAAAAGAGAAAAAAAUUACAUUAUAUUUUGCACAACAACAUUUUGUUGCAGUGUGCCAAUAUUUUCAUGACAAUUAAACCCCUUCCCCCCAAAAUACUUAUUAUGCAAAAAAAUAACAUUUAAUAAUAAUAUAUAAAUAGUGCAGUGCAUUUGAAAAGUACCAGUGUAAUUUUACAUCAUGUUAGAAUUUGUUGUACUGCUUUUAAUUUAUGAUGAUUUUAAUUUUUUUUAAAUCUUUGUGAAUCUUUCAUUACUGUAUUACACAUUACUGAUUAUUAUUAUUACAGUAAUAAUGAUUUAGGGUGUUUAAUUGUCAUGAAAAUAAUGUCACAAUGCAAAAAACAAUGACCUUAAAAUAGGUUUCAUUUUCUUUAUGCCGAAUAUAAUUGUAAAUUUUUUCUCAUUUUGGGGUGAAAUAUGACCGAUAUGUCAUGAGAUUCAAUGCAUUAUUUGCAUGACGUGUGUUUUGCCUCAGAUCACAAAUAAAUUUAUUUGGUUUGGACGUUACCGAUAAUUGGGUCCAUCUCAUGAAAACUCACAUUGGGUAAAUCUUAAACUAAUUUUUCAUCCAAAAUAAGAAAAAUAAAUAAAUACAAUUUGAGCUCAUUUUUAGGACCAUUAAGGUUGUUUGCAUUGUGACAUUAUUUUAAUGAUAAUCGAUCACAUUUCUUCCUGUAAAUGGUUUUAUUUUUAUUAUAAUUUUUCUUUCCUCCCCAAUUUGGAAUGCCCAAUGCGCUCUAAGUCCUCGUGGUGGCGUAGUGACUCCAGCGAAUCUCAGUUGCUGCCGCGUCUGAGACCGUCAAUCCGCGCAUUUUAUCACGUGGCUUGUUGAGCGCGUUACCGCGGAGACGUAGCAUGUGUGGAGGCUUCACGCCAUUCUCCGCGGCAUCCACGCACAACUCACCACGCGCCCCAUUGAGAGUGAGAACCACAUUAUAGUGACCACGAGGAGGUUACCCCAUGUGACUCUACCCUCCCUAGCAACCGGGCCAAUUUGGUUGCUUAGGAGACCUGACUGGAGUCACUCAGCACGCCCUGGAUUCGAACUCGCGACUCCAGGUGUGAUGGUCAGCGUCAAUACUCGCUGAGAUACCCAGACCCCCCCCAAAACAAAUGGUUUUAUUUAAACUUUAAAGUACAUUUGUACAAAUACAAUAGUACAUUUGCAUCAUUGUUUGUUGUACUGCCUUUAUGAUGAGUUGUACUCCAGAAAGAAUAAUUUUCAUAACCGUAAUGAGUGAGAUUUUUUUGCAUUGCAGUAUUCAGAUUAUGGGGUGGGGCGGGGGGGUAUGUUGUCAUGAAAAUAAUUUCACAAUGCAAAAAAACAACAACUGAAAGAUCCUAAAAAAUAUGUUUAUUUUCUUUAUGCAAAAUACAAUUCUUUUGAUUAUGGAUUGAAAUAUGACCCAAAUAUGUCUUCAUGAGAUUUACCCAUUAUUAGCCUUAUUUAUGUGUCUCGCCUUCGAUCGCACUUAAAUUGAAUGGCUUUUGGAAAUAUAGCCUGAAACGUCAUUGGUACAGUCGUACGGUACAAAACAUCCCAUGCAGUUCUCGUCCGCUCGUCAGACUCCAUUGAGGCAGAGGCCGCUGCAAAGAGCACGUUGUAGCAUGUUGAAUAUUGCGAGAGGUGAACGUUUGUUUCCUGCAGAUAGUGAACGCUGAGCCAGUGUCCGUGCGGAUCUCUGCUUCAUAGAGCUCAUAAACACACAUGUGCACUCCUCAAAGUUUUUAUUUAUUUUUUCUUAUUUAUUUCCUUUCUUUUGUAUAUCAGCCCAUUGCUACUGUAUAAAUGUAUUGUGCAAUUCUUUUCUUUAUAUUCUUUGAUACCAAUGUUGUAUUGUGUUUUGGGUGUCUAUAUCUCAUGUUUGUUUGUUGUGUUACUGAAGGAGGUUUUAACAGCAUCUGGUUUCAUGUCAGUGAUUAUAAUCUUGAAAUCUGUUUGCUGUUGUUUUGUUUGUUUUGGUUUCUCCCAAAUCAACAAAGUGCAUCAGAUGAAUUGAGUUAUAAGCACAGACACCCUGUCAGCCCUGAUAUUAUUGGGAGAAUGUCACAAGAACAUGUCCAGGUCAAAGACCACCUCUAAAACAUCUAAAGAAAUUGAAUUUUGCAUAAAACAUAUUAAGCCUUUUUUUUUGUUUUUGUUUUUUUUUUUGCUACCAUGUAACAAAUGCUACCAUGUAACACUUUACUGUUGAAAAAAAUGUAUCAUUAUUUUUGUGCAAUACAGUAAUGUGAAUUCAUGGUUAAAAAGUCAUGAAAAUAUUGUCACAAUGAAAAGAUCUUAAUAGACCUACAAAUGGGCUUCAUUUCCUUUAAGCAAAAUCUAAUUUCUUAUUUCUUUAAAUCUACUGAAAACCAAUGCAUUAAAAUGAAAAUGCAGUUCCAAUAACACAACAAUUGUUAACUGGAGGUUUUUUAGACACAUGACUGUGGUUGCCCAUUAUUGUCCAUAUUGUGGAGUGCUUUAUCUCUCUUGUUCUCUUUUACAUGCACUGGAAUGUUCUUUGUGUUUGAUUUAAUCUCAAGGGUUUCUUUAACCCCAGUGUUAAAGUUUCUUUCUAAUAUGUCGCUCUUCUGAAGUUCUUGAAAUAUCAGGAAUACAUGUUGUCUUUGAA